AUGGUCCAUCGGGCAACCUCACACUUGGAAUACAACUAUCAUCACGGAAACUUGGAAUUUCCGCGACCCUCCCGCGCACACACUUCCCUUUGGGCACAUGUAGCCCAACAGGGAUACGACCAAUACAAAAUGAACGGGCACAAUUGCAUGCCCUGUCACACCACUCUCUUUCUUUGGGACAUUCCUCGCCGGGUGGCCUCCCGUAAGGGAGGCAUCCCGAAGGGGACCGCUGCAGGCAUCACCACCUCAAAAAAUGCCCAAACAAGCAGCUCUUUUCCGGUACUAGUCUUCGAACGCGGGGGCGAGAUGCUCGGGGCGCCAUUACAAACAAUGUAUGCCUUCAGCCUGGGCCACAGGGGUGAUCAGCUGUCGGUGGAGGAUCCAUGCCUGUACGAAUGUUACCUGAAAUCUACCCCUUCACAACACUGUACCGAACAAAAUGAGAGUGCUGCGACUGCGACCGCCAG